UGAGUGACAGCAAGGAGACAAUAAUUACAAUUUAAAGCAAGCAAAGUUGUCUAAGCAGGAUAGGACCCCCUUCUGUACCAGACCAGACAGCAGAGUUUAUGAUUGAAGUGCUGUCUUCAGUGUGUCAAAGCAAAAAAACAAUGGAGGUGUUGGAAGCCAUUGAAGCCGAUAGGCUCCGGUGUCAAUUUCUUCAUGUUUUGCACUGUCGUCGGUCCGCUCAAGUUCCACUUACUGUGGAACCUGGAAGACCUGUGUUGGAACCCAUGUAUCAAGAAACUCCUAGGCCGCCAGAUGGAGAGGAGAUGCAAUCUUGCCCCAAGGAAAAUCACUGCGAUUUCAAGGAGCUACUGAAGGAAGAGAACUUAUGUCUGAUCACUGAGGAAGGAGAACAAGGACGGGUGCCUGUCCUAGUGUUGAGCAUGAAAGAAAGCAAUCCUCAGAAAAGGCCAGCUAUUGUAUUUCUGCAUCGGACAAAUACAUGUAAAGAAUGGUUACGUCCUUUACUUGAGGCAUAUGCCUCUCGUGGCUACAUAGCUGUUGCCAUCGAUUCUCGUUACCAUGGGGAGCGUGCUAGCAGUCCCACUGCCUACCAAGAUGCUUUAGUAUCAGCAUGGAAAACAGGUGAUACGAUGCCAUUCAUCUAUGACACGGUUUGGGACUUGAUAAAAGUGGCUGACUAUCUUACAGAGAGGGAUGAUAUAGACCCUUCAAGGAUCGGAAUCACCGGUGAAUCGCUCGGAGGAAUGCAUGCAUGGUUUGCUGCUGUUGCUGACACUCGCUACUCAGUGGUUGUUCCUAUAAUUGGUGUGCAGGGAUUUCGAUGGGCCAUAGCAAAUGGUAAAUGGCAGGCUCGAGUAAACAGUAUUAAGACCAUAUUUAUAGAAGCACAGAAGGAACUAAACAAGAGUGAAAUAGACGAAGAGGUAGUGGAGAAGGUAUCUGCUCAGGUAUGGGACAAGAUAGCUCCAGGUUUAGCCUCACAAUUCGAUGCACCUUACACCAUUCCAAUCAUAGCACCACGACCUCUGCUUAUUUUGACCGGGGAGAAAGAUGCUCGUUGCCCCCUACAAGGCCUUCGAGUACCUCAACUCAGAGCAGUCCAGGCUUAUGAAAAUGCCGGUUGUCCAGAUAAGUUCAAGAUGAUCGCAGAGCGCGGAAUAUGGCAUAGGAUGACACCUUCAAUGGUUAAAGAAACAAGCGACUGGUUUGACAGAUAUCUCAGAUAAUUCUUAGCACUAUCGAGUAUCGUUAAUUACGACUUGUAUUAACGUUUCUUUGUCGAGCAGAACAUCUGCUCUGUGUGAGCUAUCUUUUUCGAGUCCUUCAGAACACUGGGGAGUGUAAAUGUAUGAUCUAUCAUCUAUGCCUAUGGUAUGUACAUGUUUGUGAUU